AUGGCAGAAAGAGAACAACUUUGUUACAAAUGUCAAAAGCCAGGUCACAAGGCUGCAGGAUGCACUGAGGAAAUUGUUUGCCGUGUUUGCAAGCAACCAGGUCACAUGGCUCGUGAUUGCUCAGAGAAGCGUAGUGCUCCAGCUCCAUCUGAAGGUGGUGCCAAGUGCUAUAGCUGUCACCAAACUGGUCACAUUCAAAAGAACUGUCCAACUGCCCGUCGUUGUUUCAACUGCGGUGGUGUAGGUCACAUCUCAUCAGCUUGUCCAUCCGAGUUUGGUGGAGGUUCCCGUGGUAGUGGUCCAUCCCAAAAGAAAAAGAAGAUAAUUAUCAUUUGA